AUGUACAAACUACUGAUUAUCACAGCAUGUAUAGUUUUGGUAAACACACAAAACAGCGGCGACCUCGAUUCGAUUCUUGGUGAGAUAUUCGACAAACCACCAAAGACUAACGUGAGCCCAGGUUCCGGGCCAAAAUCCUGUGUGACCAAGGACGAGAGACCCGGCGAAUGCGUCAUAUACUAUCUGUGCAAUGAAAAUAAUACUAUAGUGACGGAUGGCGCCGACGUUAUAGAUAUAAGAAUGAAAACCGGUCAAUGCGAGUUCUAUUUGGACGUGUGCUGUGAACUACCGAACAAGAAGGAUCCUGAAGAUGUUGUCACACCUCCACCGCCUCCUGUGCAUAAAGACUGCGGCUGGAGAAACCCUGACGGCGUUGGUUUCAAAACGACAGGAGACGUGAACCAUGAGACGAAAUUUGGCGAAUUUCCUUGGAUGAUCGCCCUUUUGAAACGUGAAGAAGUAAAUCCCAACGAUCCAAACAGCGAAGCUCUCAACAUAUACGUCGGAGGUGGUUCUCUAAUACAUCCGAGCGUGGUACUAACAGCUGCUCACUACGUGUACAAGCCGCAGAAGCUGCGCGUACGAGCUGGUGAAUGGGACACUCAGACCAGACACGAAAUAUACCCUUACCAGGAAAGGGAUGUGGCUAAGGUCAAGGUUCACAAGGAUUACAACAAACAUACUCAAUUCUACGACGUGGCUCUAUUAUUUUUAUCCGCGCCAAUGCAACUGGCGCCUAACGUGGGUUUAGUUUGUCUUCCGGCUGAGAGACAGCUCCCAAGACCAGGUACAAACUGCUUUGCGACCGGCUGGGGUAAAGACCAGUUUGGAAAGGAUGGGAAAUACCAGGUUAUAUUGAAAAAGAGGGAAUUGCCGAUAGUAGAUCGUAGUACAUGUCAGAAAGCUCUUCGCAAGACUCGUUUAGGGGGAUUAUUUGAGCUACAUUCGUCCUUCAUGUGUGCUGGCGGUGAAGGUCAAGAUACUUGCACUGGAGACGGUGGCUCACCACUCGUAUGUCCAGUCGAGUACGAAAAGGAUCGUUAUGAGCAAGUGGGUAUUGUAUCGUGGGGUAUUGGAUGCGGUGAAGAUGGUACUCCCGGGGUGUACGCGGACGUUAGCAAGAUGAGGGCCUGGAUCGAUGACAAGAUUGUGGCUGAGGGCUACGAACCUAGGAUAUAUGUGGCUUAA